CAAUGUUUUUGCGUUUAAAUACCUGUCAACCUGUGGUACCUGUAGUGUCAAACCAAAGAGUUUUUGUCGUUUUUGUCAUCGUUUUCAUAAAAAUCUCAUAAAAUUGAUAAAACUUGAGACAUAAAUAACAAUAAAGUAGUUUGGUUAUUGUUCAAGAUGGGAAAGAAUAAAAAGACUCGAAGGGUGGUGAUGCAAAAAUUUGCUCAAAUGAAAAAAAUGAUUAAUCCUAAUGACCCACGAAUUAAACCGGAAAAGCGUGUUUCGAAGAACAAAAAGCCAGAUGAUACGAAAGAGAAAAUUAAAGAUUUACCUAAACAAUCGUCGGCUCUUUUCUUUGAAUAUAACACACAAUUAGGACCACCCUAUCACAUUAUAAUCGACACAAAUUUCGUUAACUUUUCAAUUAAAAACAAACUCGAUGUCAUACAAAACAUGGAAGAAUGUUUGUAUGCCAAAUGUAUACCUUACGUAACAGAUUGCGUUUUAGGCGAAUUAGAGAAACUGGGACCAAAAUAUAAAAUUGCUUUGAAGAUUAUAAAAGAUCCUCGAUUUGAAAGAUUACCAUGCAAUCAUAGAGGCACGUAUGCAGAUGAUUGUUUAGUCAACAGAGUAAUGCAGCACAAAUGCUACAUUGUUGCCACCAAUGACAAGGACCUAAAGAGGAGAAUUCGCAAAAUUCCAGGAGUACCAAUAAUGUACGUCGCUCAACAUCGUUAUACGAUCGAAAGAAUGCCCGAUGCAUAUGGCGCCCCUAAAACUUAAAGUACGUUUUUUUAAUUAACUUAUUUUUUAAUUGUAAAAAAUAUUGAAAUAUUUUACUAUAGCAUUAUAGUUACUAGGAUAUAUUUUAUAGCAAUAUACUACUUUACAGAA